UUAAAAAUUACGGAAGUAAAAAAGCGUAACUAACCGGUGAGUGGGAAAAGAUGGUGGUGACGGAGGAGGAAAUGGGGAGGCUCCACCGCAUAAGGAGGACGGUGAUGCAGAUGCUGAGGGACAGGGGCUACCUGGUGGGCGAUUUCGAGAUCAACAUGUCGAAGCGGGAUUUCGUGAACAAGUACGGCGAGCACAUGAAGCGCGAGGAUCUCGUCUUCAACAAAUCAAAGAAGGAUAACUCCGGCGACCAGAUCUACGUCUUCUUCCCGGAGGAGGUUAAGGUCGGCGUGAAGACCAUGAAGACCUACACCAACCGCAUGAACUCCGAAAACGUCUUCAGAGCCAUCCUCGUCCUCCAGACCAGCCUCACUCCCUUCGCCAGAACCUGCAUCAGCGAAAUCGCAUCCAAAUUUCACCUGGAGGUUUUUCAGGAGGCCGAGCUUCUCGUUAACAUAAAGGACCAUUGCCUUGUUCCCGAGCAUCAAGUUCUCAAUCAAGCCGAGAAGAAAACCUUGCUUCAGAGAUACACUGUCAAAGAAACUCAGUUACCUAGGAUUCAGGUGACAGAUCCUGUUGCAAGAUAUUAUGGAUUGAAGCGUGGGCAAGUAGUCAAGAUAAUUCGGCCGAGUGAAACUGCUGGCAGAUAUGUUACCUACCGAUUUGUUGUUUAACAAUUUUCUUUAAUUUAUUGGCUACCCUAUACUGCUUUUUUUUUUUGUGUGUGGAUAUUUUGCAUACUAAUGGAUAGAGUCAUAUACAGCUUUCUUUUGCAAGGCUGUGAUCGUUGAAAUUUUGCAAUAAAAAAUUAUAUGUUACAUAUUCAUAUACUAAGUGAUACUUGUUACAGUUGAUAAUGUCAGUUUGUUAUAUUGGACUUUGUUUCUAUGCGUUAUAGACCAGUAGGUUCUUUUGGUAAUUUAGUGACGGUGAGAACAAAGGGAGGUUCAUUUAUUUCUUAGUUUCUAGGCAUCAUGUUGUACAAGUUGGUGGCUUCUUCCUACCUCCUGAUUGUCAAAUUUAACCAUGAUUUAGGUGCAAACCUUACUGGAAAUAUUGUCAAGUCAUUUGAGAUUAAAUUCCUUCUUCAGUGGUCUUGAAUUCAUUUACUUAGUAUACACACAAAGGAGCAUGCUAAGUGAGAAAAUGAAAGUAAUUGAUUUAAGUCUGCUACGGGAAUUGGUUUCAUAUGUUGUAAUAUUCCCUAUUUUGCUCCUUGCAUUUGCCUCUCAAACACGUCCCUUGCUAAUAUCUUGAAAAAGAUAUUAGAGCUAUGAUUUUUAUUUUUUGUUGGGUGUACAAGGAAAAGACAAAGUUAGAAUUUA